AUGGAGACAAAAGCGACAACAGAGCGCAAGGUCUGCGAUCCGCACAUCAAUGAAGGCGCAGUUGAAACCUACAUUGAUCCGGUCAAGGAGGCACGAAUGAUGCGUAAAUUUGACUUUUGCGCAAUCGGCUUGCUGGGAUUGUUCUACAUGAUGGCCAACCUGGACCGGAGCAACAUAGGAAAUGCUCAAACAGCAGGAAUGCCCACAGACUUGGGCUUGGUGGGCAAUCAGUUUGGCACGGCCACGACUUUGCUGUACGCGACUUAUGUUCCAUUCGAGGGACCGGUCGCAGUCCUUCUGAAAAUCAUUGGACCUCGGCCUCUUCUCUCCACGUGUGCUUUCUGCUGGGGAAUCACAACUCUUGGAAUGGCAUUCAUAGAGUCUUGGAAGGGUCUCUACGCCUGCCGACUGCUAACAGGAUUCUUCGAAGCGGGCCUGAUCCCUUGCAUCGACGUUUAUAUCGCCCUUGUGUACAAGAAGAGUGAACGAGGAAAGCGCUCGGCAGUGAUUUUUGCAUUCAGUGCCUUUUCGAGCGCGUUCGGUGGACUUCUCGCCUACGGCCUCACACAAGUCCAUGGACCUCAUGGCUGGGCGGGAUGGCGCUGGCUCUUCGCCGUUGAAGGAGCUAUGACUCUAGUCCUUGUGCCAAUGUUCUUCUUCCUCUUCCCUAAGCACCCAACUACCGCGUGGUUUCUCACGAGUGAAGAGAAGAGUAUGAUGCAAGCUCGCUACGACAAUGACCCCCACUGGGGACACGAUGAGGUGUUUACCUGGGCCGAGUCGUUGAGCAUAUUCAUAGACCCCAAAUGGUGGGCUUUCUGGAUUUACCAGUUUAGCGUCGACAUCUCGCUCUACGGUUUCACCACCUUCCUUCCCAAGAUUGUUUCCGGCUUGGGAUACUCGGGAGUCCACGCAAACUUGAUGACUGUCCCCAUCUACAUGGUCGGUCUUGUCUGGUUUCUCAUCAUUGCGUACUGCUCCGACAGAGUUGGUCUGCGAGGUCCCUUCCUCGCGGGGCCCUUAUUGUGCUUGAUCAUUGGUUAUGCAAUCCUGAUCGCGGUGGAGAACCUGAAAGUGAGAUUUUUCGCAUGUUUCGUUGUCGCUCUUGGUAUUUAUCCAACGACCGGAUUGUCCCUCAUGUGGCUCCAAGAUAAUACGGCCCGUCACUUUAAGCGAGCCACCAUGGUUGGAAUGACUCUUUGUUUCGGAAAUACGGCAGGUGUCGCUGUUGGUCAGAUCUUCACAACCCAGUCCGCGCCGAGAUAUAUCAAAGGGUUGUCUAUUAGUUUAGGUCUAGCGGUAGUAGCGUUGGCCAUGGUGAUCGCGUUGUCAGUUGGGAUGCUGAUAGUGAACAAGAAGCGGGCUGCAAGGAUCCAGCGAGCUGAGGAGGCCGGGGAAGUGUUGGAAAAGAGACCGGAAAAGGGGGACUACGAUUUAUCCGCCGCUUCUUCCUCCUUUUCUCCUCUUGUAACCUACCCCAUCUUCUCGGAAAUCAUCAACCUCUGCUUCAUGGCGCCCCCGGCCAAGCGCCAAAGGCGCAUAUACGUAGCCCGUGUCGGGCAUGCUGCGUCUCAGGCAAACGCGACCAAUGCCAGUUCCCACAGCGAGACCGGAAAGUCUCGGUAUCAGAAACUAACCAAGACAAUGCGAUUUAGGUACAUCAAAAAGCUGGAAGGUGAAAUAAGAGACUUGAGAGCGCAGCAACAGCAGCAACCCGGUGCUGCUUCUCCGUCCCUGACCACAUACGAGGCCUCCAGUGUUGCAAAUGAUCACCAGGGCCAGAACCCAGCACAGUUCACGGACACUGAUGUCUCAAACCCGCUGCUGGAAUCGCCCACGGGCUUUGUCGCAGCCGGGUCAGCAGCGCCACCAGUCUAUAUCGGCGAAACAUCCUGUGUUGCCUUUGGCGAUACCCUUCUACAAUGCGUGGACAAAGAUACAGAUCUCGCAGCCUGGCCUCCGCCGACAUAUUUUCAGCACGAAAUUUUCAAUCGCCUUGUACGGCCAGACCUUGCCCUGCCCGACCGGAUCCAGUCUCGACUUCUAGUCGGGGUUGCUGUGCGGUUCAUAGGAACUGAUUAUCAUCUUCUUCUGAAGAAGACUUUCUAUGAUAAGCUGGAUCGAAUAUGUGCUAGAGAGGAGCCCCGAGACUUGGUGUGGAUAUGCAAAUUCUUUAUAUUGCUGGCACUAGGAGAGAUGUACUCCAAUCGCCAGCGUAGAAACAUGAGCCAGUGCGUGCCGGGCACUGAUUACUUCCUUCAGGCCACGGGCCUGUUGCAAGAUUUAUACGAAACUCCAUCUGUCGAGCAGGUGGAGGUUCUGAUUCUUUUCUGCUUCUAUGCGAAUGCUCUUGGGCGUACAAAAUCCGCAUACACGUAUAUUGGGAUUGCAAUGAGGAUGGCCUUGGCUUUAGGCCUGCAUAGAAACUUGCCUAGCGAUACGAUGCUCAACCCUGUAGAGCGCGAGCAUCGGAAGCGCGUCUGGUGGACACUAUAUACUCUGGAUCGACUUUGCAGCUCCAUUCUUGGGUAUCCCUUACUAAUCAGCGAUUCUCUAAUUGACGUGGAGCUACCGACGAACGACGGUCUCAGCGCAUCCGAGCAAGAGGAGUUUUCGGAUCCUGCGCACUUGAUCGCUACGAUCAAACUUGCCCGGAUCACAGGUCAAAUUCUGAGUGACCUCUAUUGUUUACCUCAACGGAACCACGAACCCUUUGUGCAAAGAGUACACCGGAUCCUCCUGAGUUUGAGGAAAUGGGGCGAAGAGCUCCCCGAGAAGCUGAGCUUGCAGCAAGACCACUUGCCUCGCCAUGUCGCAAGCCUUCAUCUGCACUAUAACAAGUGUGUUAUCUCAACGACCCGGCCGAUCUUACUCUAUCUCUUCAAGAAUCGCUUUUCCCUUACGACUGACGCGGCCGGACUCCUCAUUCCACCGCGGACCUUCUCACCAACGACCCUCGCGCUAGCAGAAAGCUGCGUCCAAGCUGCACGAGCUUCCAAUUCAAUACUAUCUCGAUGUUUUGUAGAGGGAUCUCUGGCAUCUUUUGGAUACUUCGAUGCGCAUUACCUCUUCUCUUCCACGCUCAUUCUGAUCAUGUCGGCCGUCAUGAAUCCAAAUGUGGCCAUGUCCGACGCUAUUUCGUACGCGUUCACCAUCCUGAAGGUUAUGAAAGAAGAUGGCAAUAUUCCUAGCUGUGACUACUACGAGAGGUUGCAGAGAACAAGAGCUAGCGUGGGGAAGAUGAGAGAAAACUACGAGGCCGGUUCGCACUCACCAGCACUUGCCGGUGAAGGCGAGACAAUGUGGGAAGCGCAGAUCCCCCCCCAUGAAGCAGAUGUCCCAGCGCUGGAAUUCAGCGAAGGUAUUCCGUUGGGUCAUCCAGUCAUAGAUAGUUUCCUUGCGGAUAAGGCGUUCGUUCGGGCUGACGGGACGGUUCCCGAGGACCAAUCUCUGAGGGACUUGGCUUGCGAAUUGGGUGAUGAGUUUCUGUUCGGGGCACAAUAG